GUCCAUCAGGAGACUACAGCUGCCCCCAGUGCAGAAAGAGACCCAGAACACAACCCAUUACAAACCCUGAGUUAACUAUGGCACAACCACUGUUAUACCCACCUACAGCCAUAGCACUACCUCACCUAUACCCAUCUACAGCCAUGCCACAACCUCGUCUAUACCCACGUAUAACCAUGGCACAACCUCACUUAUACCCAUCUCUAGCCAUGGCACAACCUUUGUCGUACCAACACAGUGAAUUGGCACUUCAUCUGAACCCAUCUGCAAACAUGGCACAAGUUCCUCCAUCCCCACACACAGACACGGGGCAGCGUCCUCAGUACUCAAACUCAGCCAUGGGGCAGCAUAAUCAUCCACACAUCCAGCACCCUCUUUAUCCACACAUCCGCACGGCACAGAUCUCUUCACAGCCUCCCUUAGAUGAGCACACAGUCAUGACAGGCAGCACCCAUCUGCAAACUGAGCAUGCUCCAGUUAAAAGGGCCAAACUAACAGAUGAUGAUGUCCUCACCAGAGUACUGAUGACCCAUAAAGCCAUCAUGAAGAGGAGGUUUGAGAGCAUAUGUGAAGGCAUCAUAAGGUCAGGGACUCAAACACUCCUGAACAAGAUCUACACAGAGCUCUACAUCACAGAGGGAGAGAGUGAAGGGGUGAAUAAUGAGCAUGAGGUUUGGCAGGUAGAGUCAGCAUCCAGACCACAAAUGACAGAAGACACAGCAAUCAACUGCAAUGACAUCUUCAAGCCUUUACCUGGACAGGAGAGACACAUCAGGACAGUCAUGACCAAGGGGAUCGCUGGUAUUGGAAAAACUGUCUCAGUGCAGAAGUUCAUCCUUGACUGGGCAGAAGAGAGAGCUAACCAGGAUGUAGAUUUCAUGUUUGUGCUUCCGUUCCGUGAGCUGAAUCUGGUCAAACAUGAUCAGUACAGUCUUCACAGACUCCUGCUUGACUUCCAUCCUGAGCUUAAAGAGCUACAGAAUGGUGAAUACAAAGACUGCCACAUUGUGUUCAUCUUUGAUGGUCUAGAUGAGAGUAGACUUCCAUUGAAUUUCCAAGACAACCAGAAGUUGUCUGAUGUGACACAAACAUCAUCAGUGGAUGUGCUGAUGACGAGUCUCAUUCAGGGAACACUGCUUCUCUCUGCUCUCAUCUGGAUAACCUCCCGACCAGCAGCAACCAGUCAAGUCCCUUCUCAGUGUGUCAGUCAGGUGACAGAAGUACGAGGGUUCAAUGACCCGCAGAAGGAAGAGUACUUCAGGAAGAGGAUCAGUGACCAGAAUCAAGCCAACAAAAUAAUUGCACACAUUGUGGAAACCAGGAGUCUCCACAUCAUGUGCCACAUGCCAGUCUUCUGUUGGAUCUCAGCCACUGUCCUUCAGCAGAUACUGGAACAGGAUGAUGGGAAGGAAGCCCCCAAAACACUGACUGAAAUGUUCAUACACUUUCUGCUCAUCCAGACCACCAGGAAGAACCAGAAGUAUCAAGAGGAAGGUGAGACAGAUCAACAGAGGCUCCUGGAAUCACAUAAGGAUGUCAUAUUGAAACUGGCAGAGCUGGCUUUCAAGCAUCUGGAAAAUGGCAAUCUCAUGUUCUAUGAGGAAGACCUGAGAGAUUGUGGCAUUGAUGCCAGUGAAGCUUCAGUGUACUCUGGCAUGUGCACCGAGAUCUUCAGGGAGGAAUGUGUGUUUCAUCACAAGAAAGUCUACUGCUUUGUCCAUCUGAGCAUUCAGGAGUUUCUCGCUGCACUUCAUUUGUUUGCCUCCUACUUGAGUAAGGACAUGGAGGUCCUGAAACCAUUUCUUAAAAGAAAGUCCAUGUCUUUGGCAGAUUGGCCUCUAGAUGAGCUGCUGAAGAAUGCUGUGAACAAAGCUUUGGAAAGCAAGAGUGGACACCUUGAUUUGUUUGUCCGCUUCCUUCAUGGCAUUUCUCUGGUGUCAAAUCAGAGACUUUUGCUUGGCCUCCUGACACACACACACAGCAGCCCAGAGAGUGUGAAGAAAACAAUUAAGAACCUGAAGAUGAUGCAGAGACCAAAUAUCUCCCCUGAGAGGUGCAUCAAUCUGUUCCACUGCCUGGUGGAAAUGCAUGACUCUUCUGUUCAUGAUGAAAUCCAGGCUUUCCUGAAGGCAGAGAAAGGUGCUGUGAAACAGCUCACACUGGCUCACUGCUCAGCCUUGGCUCAUGUGCUUCUGAUGUCUGAUGAGGUGCUGGAUGAGUUUGACCUGAGCAAAUACAAAACCUCUCCAGAAGGUCGCAGGAGACUGGUUCCAGCCGUGAGAUACUGCAGAAAGGCUCUACUUGCUGGCUGCAAUCUAACAGAGAGGUCUUAUGAGAUUGUGGCCUCAGCUCUGCAGUCUGGAAACUCUCCCUUGAGAGAGCUGGACUUAAGUCAGAAUGACCUGGAAAAGUCAGGAGAAAAGCUGGUGUCUGCUCUUCAAAGUCCAAACUGCAAACUGGAAACACUGAGAAUAACUGGCUGUGAGCUCACAGAGAAGUCCUGGGAGAUCGUGGCCUCAGCUCUGCAGUCUGCAAACUGCCCUUUAAGAGAGCUGGACCUGAGUCAGAAUGACCUGCAGACGUCAGGAGAAAAGCUGCCCUCUGCUCUACAGAGUCCAAACUGCAAACUGGAAACACUGAGACUUGUUGGCUGUAAACUAAGAGGAAGAUUUUUGGCCUUGACUCUUCAGUGGGCAAACUCCCACCUAAGAGAGCUGGACAUCAGUGACAGUGAGCUUCAGGACUGUGGAGGAGAACUGCUCCAUCAACCACUGAAUCAAGACUGUAAAGUGAGACUCAUCAGCCGUGGACUCAAAGGCAGCUCCUCUGAGGUUGUGGUCUCAGUUCUGCAGUCAUGUAUUUCUCAACUGAGUGAGUUGGACAUGAGUGGCUGUGAUCUGCAAACAUCAGAAGAGAAGCUGCCCUCUGGUCUUAGAGAUCCAAACUGCCAACUUGAAAAACUGAGACUUGUUGGCUGUAAACUAAGAGGAAGAUUUUUGGCCUUGACUCUUCAGUGGGCAAACUCCCACCUAAGAGAGCUGGACAUCAGUGACAGUGAGCUUCAGGACUGUGGAGGAGAACUGCUCCAUCAACCACUGAAUCAAGACUGUAAAGUGAGACUGAUCAGCCGUGAACUCAAAGGCAGCUCCUCUGAGGUAGUGAUCUCAGUUCUGCAGUCGUAUAUUUCUCAGCUGAGUGAGUUGGACAUGAGUGGCUGUGAUCUGCAAACAUCAGAAGAGAAGCUGCUCUCUGGUCUUAGAAACCCAAACUGCCACCUGGAAAAACUGAGACUUGUUGGCUGUAAACUGAGAGGGGGAUUUCUGGCCUUGACUCUUCGAUGGGCAAACUCCCACCUAAGAGAGCUGGACAUCAGUGAAAGUGAGCUUCAGGACUGUGGAGGAGAACUGCUCCAUCAACCACUGAAUCAAGACUGUAAAGUGAGACUCAUCAGCCGUGGACUCAAACACAGCUUCUGUGAGGUUGUGGUCUCAGUUCUGCAGUCAUAUAAUUCUCAACUGAGUGAGUUGGACAUGAGUGGCUGUGAUCUGCAAACAUCAGCAGAGAAGCUGCUCUCUGGUCUUAGAAGCCCAAACUGCCACCUGGACAAAUUGAGACUUGCUGGUUGUGAGCUAACAGAGGAAUCCUGUAAGGCUGUAGCCUCUGCUUUGCAGUCCUCCAUCUCCCUAAAGGAACUGGACCUGAGUAACAAUGACCUGAAGGAUUCUGGAGUUCAGCUUCUCUCUACAGGACUCAGUAGCCCUCACUGUAAACUGACAUCUUUAAGGCUCAAUCAGUGCCACCUCUCUAAAGCAAGCUGUGAAAUGAUGGCAUCCGUGCUGCAAAGUGCACCUUCCCAUCUGAGAGAACUGGACAUGAGUGACAAUGACCUGCAGGAUGAAGGAGUGGAGCUGCUCUGUGCAGGACUAAGAGAUCCACAAUGCAAGCUGGAGAUACUGAGACUGUCUGGUUGUCUCAUCACACAUGAGGGCUGUUCUCUCUUGUCCUCUGCCCUCAAAUCAAACCCCUCCUACCUGAAACAGCUGGAUCUGAGCUACAAUCACCCAGGAGACUCAGGUGUCAGAGAGCUCACAGACAGACUGAAUGAUCCCAGCUGUAGACUAGAGACGUUGAGGUAUGACCAUGGAGGAGAGUGCAGGAUUAAACUAGGACCCAGAAAAUAUGCCUGUGAGCUCACACUGGACCCAAACACAGCACACAGAUAUCUCUCUCUCUCUGAGGGGAACAGAACGGUGACAUGUGGGCAGCAGCAGCCGUAUCCUGACCACCCAGAGAGAUUUGACUCCUGGCCUCAGGUGCUGUGUAGAGAGGGUCUGUCUGGACACCACCCAGAGAGAUGUGACAGUCUGGGUCAGAGUCCAGUCAGCACGGGUCAGUCUGGACGCUACUACUGGGAGGCUGAGUGGAGUGGUGAGGUUGAGAUAGCAGUGGCCUAUAAAAGCAUGGAGAGGAAAGGGAGUGGGGACAGCAGCUUCUUUGGAGGUAAUGCCAAGUCCUGGAGUCUGGAGUGCUCUGGUAACAGUUACUCUGCCUGUCACAAUAAUAAUAAGACUGCCAUACCUGCCCCCUCCUCCCGCUCCAGCAGAGUAGGAGUGUACCUGGACUGGCCAGCAGGCACUCUGUCCUUCUACAGCGUGUCCUCUAACACACUCACCCACCUGCACACGUUCCACUCCACAUUCACUGAGCCCCUCUAUGUUGGGUUUUGGGCUAAUGGCUCCUCAGUGUCCCUGUGCCAGAUCACAUGACCUCCUAAUCCUGCAGCAGAGCUAUACACUCCUAUGUAUGUGCGUGUGUGUGUGUGUGUGUGUGUGUGUGUGUUUGGAGUGGCUCAGUGUCCCUGUGCCAGAUGACCACAUGCCACAUGACCUCCUAAUCCUGCAGAAGAGGAGAGUCACACACUCCUGUUUACACACUCAUAUAUCUGUGUGUGUGUGUGUAUUCCUCAUCUGUGUUGCAUCUUCCCUCUCACACCUCCUAAUCCUGCAGGAGAGGAGACUCCUGUUUACACACUCCUGUGUGUGUGUGUCUGUUUGUCUGUGUGUGUGUGUGUGUGUGUGUGUGUGUGUGUGUGUGUGUGUGUGUGUGUGUGUGUGUGUGUGUCCCUGUGCCAGAUCACAUGACCUCCUAAUCCUGCAGCAGAGCUAUACACUCCUAUGUAUGUGCGUGUGUGUGUGUGUGUGUGUGUGUGUGUGUUUGGAGUGGCUCAGUGUCCCUGUGCCAGAUGACCACAUGCCACAUGACCUCCUAAUCCUGCAGAAGAGGAGAGUCACACACUCCUGUUUACACACUCAUAUAUCUGUGUGUGUGUGUGUAUUCCUCAUCUGUGUUGCAUCUUCCCUCUCACACCUCCUAAUCCUGCAGGAGAGGAGACUCCUGUUUACACACUCCUGUGUGUGUGUGUCUGUUUGUCUGUGUGUGUGUGUGUGUGUGUGUGUGUGUGUGUGUGUGUGUGUGUGUGUGUGUGUGUGUGUGUGUGCGUGUUCCUUCUCUUGCUUCCUCUGUGUGUCAUCUUCCCCUCUUACACCUCCUAAUCCUGCAUGAGAGGAGACUCCUGUUCACACACUCCUGUGUGUGUGUGUGUGUGUGUGUGUGUGUGUGUGUGUUCGUGUUCGUGUUCCUUCUCUUGCCUCCUCUGUGUAGCAUCUUCCCUCUCACUGUUCCCCCUAUUUACUGUUUGCUGCUCCCGUUUCAUCUGUGUGCAUCUGUCUGAUCCUUCUGUUUCGUUGUGUGUGUGUGUGUGUGUGUGUGUGUGUGUGUGUGGUGCUUUUGUGUGAAUGUGUGGUUGUGUGUUCCUUCCCUUCCUUCUGUGUUACCAAUUUCUAUUUAAGUAUCCAAACACGUCAGAUAUCUGACACUGUUUUGAAUUUCUUACGAUAUGAACUUUGACCCGUGUGUGUUGUUUAUGUUCUGAAGAUUAGAAGAUGAACACACAGUGAGUGGGCAGGUUUUCUCAGGGCUGGAAUUCUUAAUCCGCCGUUAUUUUACAUUAUAUUCUGAUAUGCUUGAGAAUGAGAGGGAGGAAAGGGGAGUCCUUUUAUUUGAAUAAUAAAUGAAAUAUGUUAUUCGUGAAUUGAUUAAAAUGUCUUUGGUUUUAUGUGACAAAGGGGAACAGAAUGUUGUCCAUAGGAAAUUGAAAUACAAAUAAAUAAAGAAAUUAGAUAAGAAUUGUGUGUUUGUGUAGCAAGUUGUAUGGCACGUGUGCAUUCUCAGUUAGUAGAGAUCACUCCACUUGACCUAAACCUGUGGGCAUCCAGGUGGGGGUGGAGGGGUUGAGUAGUGAUCUCCCACAUUCACAGAGGAGGUGCCCUUGACCACCUAACCCCCAAAUGUGUCUGGGCACUGGAUCCAGCUGCCCUCUGGUGUGUGUGUGUGUGUGUGUGUGUGUGUGUGUGUGCGUGUUCCUUCUCUUGCUUCCUCUGUGUGUCAUCUUCCCCUCUUACACCUCCUAAUCCUGCAUGAGAGGAGACUCCUGUUCACACACUCCUGUGUGUGUGUGUGUGUGUGUGUGUGUGUGUGUGUGUUCGUGUUCGUGUUCCUUCUCUUGCCUCCUCUGUGUAGCAUCUUCCCUCUCACUGUUCCCCCUAUUUACUGUUUGCUGCUCCCGUUUCAUCUGUGUGCAUCUGUCUGAUCCUUCUGUUUCGUUGUGUGUGUGUGUGUGUGUGUGUGUGUGUGUGUGUGGUGCUUUUGUGUGAAUGUGUGGUUGUGUGUUCCUUCCCUUCCUUCUGUGUUACCAAUUUCUAUUUAAGUAUCCAAACACGUCAGAUAUCUGACACUGUUUUGAAUUUCUUACGAUAUGAACUUUGACCCGUGUGUGUUGUUUAUGUUCUGAAGAUUAGAAGAUGAACACACAGUGAGUGGGCAGGUUUUCUCAGGGCUGGAAUUCUUAAUCCGCCGUUAUUUUACAUUAUAUUCUGAUAUGCUUGAGAAUGAGAGGGAGGAAAGGGGAGUCCUUUUAUUUGAAUAAUAAAUGAAAUAUGUUAUUCGUGAAUUGAUUAAAAUGUCUUUGGUUUUAUGUGACAAAGGGGAACAGAAUGUUGUCCAUAGGAAAUUGAAAUACAAAUAAAUAAAGAAAUUAGAUAAGAAUUGUGUGUUUGUGUAGCAAGUUGUAUGGCACGUGUGCAUUCUCAGUUAGUAGAGAUCACUCCACUUGACCUAAACCUGUGGGCAUCCAGGUGGGGGUGGAGGGGUUGAGUAGUGAUCUCCCACAUUCACAGAGGAGGUGCCCUUGACCACCUAACCCCCAAAUGUGUCUGGGCACUGGAUCCAG